UUAAGCCGGGACCCAGACCCAGGAUCUGGCGCCGCCAUGGCCUCCGGCGGGCAGCCCCCGCCGCAGACAUUGGCCUCGGAGGUAGGACCUGUCCAGCGUCCAGGCGAGAGUCCGGACGCAACGGCCCUUCGCUGUCUUCUCUCGCCGCCUCCGUGGGAAGUGUCUCUCCCCGCGGCGAGCCGAAGUUUCCCGGAGGCGUACCAGCGUGGAGCGGCCCGGCUCCCCGCACCGUCCGGGACCGGACCGAGGUUGAGGGCAACGCAGGCUCGGCAAGCUGCGCGCCCCGUCCCAGCCCUCGCUAUGUGGAAGCCACCCCCGCCGCCCCGCGACCUAGGCCAGUGCCUCCUGGAGCCGAAAGACUGGGCAGGCGCUGUGGACGAGCGCCAGCUGGACGCCCACUUGACGCAGGCCCUGGGCCGCGAGGCGCGCCUGUGGCGG